AUGCACUCUCUCCAGCUCCUGCUCAGGGCCAGCCAUGCUGCCCUGCUCCUGGUUCUCUGCCUGCAGCUGGGGAUCAACACAGCUCAGGAAGACACUCGAAAGAUCAUUGAAAUGGAUUUUCAGCUGCCCCAGGUAACAAAGGCAAAUGAAGAAGUCACUGUGAAGCUUGGAGUUACAACAGAACUGAGAGAAUGUAUGGUGAUUAGAGCUUCCCUGGAAAGCAACAUUCCAGUCGAUGGGCCUUUUAACUAUAAAUACACCAGCUGCCUGUGUAACGAUCACCCAAGAAACUUCUUAUGGGACUUUAAGUUCAACAGUACUAUGAGAAUUGCUGCCGUGGUUGACAUCAUCCAUCAAUUAAAUGUCUGCCCGAACGACCAGGCUGUGAUACCCAUCAAAGCAAACCAUUUUAGUAUCACGAAGACGCUCAUGGUAGCCUGA